CUCUCCCCAGAAGUCCAUGAUGAAGGCCCACAUGCUUAUAGGUGCACUGGUCAUGGUGGGCUUCACGGUGGGAAAGGCUCCUGUUUCUGAAGUCCGGACCUGCCACCUCUGCCUCUUAGAAAAUCCUGCUGUAGGAUGCAUUUCAGGCUCAGAGAAGUGCACUAUCAGCAGCUCAUCCCCGUGCAUGGUGAUCAGCAUCAACUAUGAGAACAAAGCUCGCUUCUUAAUCCGAGGCUGUGGACAACACAAUUCCUACCGCUGCCAAGAAAACCUCCCCACCUACAUCUCAGAGUACUGGUACUCGGCCCAGUGCUGCCAGUAUGACUACUGCAACUCCUGGUACAGUCCCCAGCUCCAGAGUGCCUUGCCUGAGCCCCCUGACAGGUCCCUGGCUCUGCCCCUGUCUCAGUCCCAGAUCCUGUGGUUCUACCAAACCCUGAACCUGUCACUGCCCCUGCCCAGCUUCCCUGCUGGGGAGGAGCCUUCUGAAGGCCUGGACCCCCUGGCUGGCCCACCCGUGAAUCUGAGUUUGUCCAUUGCUGACCUGCGCAGCAUAUACCUGUUCCUCAACAGUUCUGGACUUUUGACUCUUCCCUGGGCUGGUCCCUGACAUCUUUCCCUGCGCAGAUAGAUUUCUCUCUGGUCUAGCGUCUCACUCCUGGCACCCCAGCAUCAUGCAUUGUCUUCUCAGAACACUCCCACUCUUGGGUCUGUAAGUUCUCAGUCUUCCUUUCUUUUGCCUUUCCUUUGUCCUUCCGGUGUCCGUAUGGUUUUGGUCUCAUCUCCUCCCCCAAAAAAGCAGUUGGCAGUGUACCCAGAGCCCUUCGACCACCUAGAAUAUAAUCUCAAAUGUGGAUUCUGCCUAGGCUGACCUGGGUAAAGGAACAAUGGUUUUCUCAACAUUGUCCUGUUAACUGAAUGUCCCAUCACCCCCAUCCCACCCCCCAUCUUCCUGAUCUCUCUCAGUCUGGCUGUUUCCACUCUGCUAUACCUAGCUAGUUCAGUCUGUGCCAGACUGAACUUGCAUCAGAAAGGGUGAGAGCUGGACUUCGUGAAGGUUUCCUGACUGAGCAGUGUGGCGCCCCUCCUUCACUGUCUACCCCCCAUGCUCCUGCCUGGUCAGCUGCCUGCUCUCAUCUCUUUUCCCAGUCUCUGGCUUCCUCAGCUCCGCUUCACAUCCCUGAGCCAUGACACCCACUUGCACAGAUUCCCAGGGAGAGGAGGGGGUCUGUCCCUUGUUCUGCACUCCCUAGUCCUCCUCCACAAUAAACAAACUGCCCAGA